GGGAACUGAGACCUUACCCGACUCAGGACUCAACUCCCAAAUCCAACUCGAGAGUCGUGUUUUGACUUUUGGGUCAACGUAGGAUCUCGGGUCUCAAGUCAAUGGGGUGGUGAUAUUGAAAGAUAGUUCUUAAAAUUUUUUUUAUCUUACCAUAAAAGUUAUUAAGAAAUUGACAAAGUUAAAAAGCAUUGUGUCUAUAUUUUUUUUAAUUUGACAAGAACCCUUUCCUCUUCAACCUUCACGUAAAAACAAAAAGCUACAACUCACAAAACAGUAACAUUGAUUUACCCAAAAUUCCCCCGCCCCCCCGGCCCCCCUUCCCUUUUUUUUUUUCCUUCCUAAUUUCAUAUUUUCAUAUUAUUUAUUUAGCUCAUAGGAAAGUCAAUUACAAAUAUAUAUAUAAACGGGUCUUUGCAGAAAUAUGUAAAAGGCCUAAUUUUUAUUGUAAAAAAAAUAUUUUUGUUUUUGUUUUAGGGUUGUUUGAUUUUAUUUUAUUUUUGUGGGUUUUGGAUUUGGGAGAUGGGAAAUAUAUUUGUGAAGAAACCAAAGAUUACAGAAGUUGAUAAAGCAAUUCUUUCUUUGAAGACUCAAAGGCGUAAACUUGCUCAAUAUCAACAACAGCUUGAUGCUGUUAUUGAAGCUGAGAAACAAGCUGCGAAGGACUUGCUACGGGAAAAGAAGAAAGAGAGGGCUCUUUUAGCGUUAAAAAAGAAGAAAGUGCAAGAAGAACUAUUAAAGCAAGUUGAUGUCUGGCUCAUAAAUGUUGAGCAACAAUUGGCAGAUAUUGAACUGACAAGCAAGCAGAAGGCUGUCUUUGAGAGUUUGAAAACUGGAAAUAAUGCAAUCAAAGCAAUACAAAGUGAGAUCAACCUAGAGGAUGUUCAAAAGUUAAUGGAUGAUACUGCAGAGGCAAAAGCUUAUCAAGAUGAAGUCAAUGCUAUACUUGGAGAGAAGCUAUCUGCUGAAGACGAGGAGGAAGUUUUAGCAGAAUUUGAGAAUCUGGAAUCUCAGUUAACUCUUCAAGAUCUGCCGGAAGCUCCUUCUGCUGUACCUUCCGCUGAAAACAUUGACGAGAAACUGGAUCUACCUGAUGUACCAACUAAAGCACCAGUCAUCACAGAAUCUAUUAUUGAGGACACUCAAGAUACUUCGGCUGGCGUAUCCGUGCAAAAGAAAGUUUUGGAGGAACCGAUACCUGCUUGAUUCCAGCGCGACUUGACUGGUCCAUAAGUUCGAAUUUGGUGAAAUUUAUCAAAAAAAAUUUCAAGUUUCACAAUGCUACGAAAGUCUUGUCGAUGCUAAGAAUUUGUAAUCUUUCAACGUUUCUAUCCCAUCUCUUAUGAUUUGUACAAGUUCUGGUUGUAUUUUGGGAGUCAUAUUUGUACAGUACUUCUCUGAGUUGUUGACACAUACCAAGUUAUUUACCAUUGUCUUCAUUCUCAUGUCCUACCAGUUGCUUGUAAUUCUGCUACUUCUGUAUUAUGCAAGACAGAAAAAUAACUGUUCUUGUUUGAGCUAAUUUAUUUGGUAUUGGUUAAA